AUGUUGAAAGCACUGAGUGAAAGUUUUGGGAUUGGUAAAUCGACUGCUGGAGACAUUAUAAAGAAACUUGACUCUUAUAAUGCACAGUAUGAAAAGAACACUAGUGGAAAUAAACAGCGGUUUAACAACGCAUGCAAGUUUGACGACCUCAGCGAACUGGUGUGGCAGUGGUUUUGCAAAAGUCGUGCUAAAAAUAUUCCCAUAUCUGGUCCUAUUAUUGAAGAGAAAGCCAAUGAAUUUGCUAAAGAAGUGUUUGUGCCAGAGUUUAAGGGUUCCAAUGGCUGGCUAGACCGAUGGAAAUCGAGAUCCUCUGUGAAAGGCUUCAAAGUCAAUGGCGAGGGUGCUGGGGUUGACGUAGCUGUAGUUGAAGACCACAGAGCGAGAAUACCAGAAGUUGUAAGUGGAUAUGCACCGAAAGAUGUUUACAACUGCAAUGAAACCGGCUUGUACUUUCGUGCUCUACCUACCCAAACCCUCUCCGUGAAAGGCGAAGAAUCUAAAGGAUGCAAAUCAUCCAAGGAACGAGUAACUGUAAUGUUCACCUGCAAUGCAACAGGAGAGAAGCUAUAG